AACUUAUGCGAAAGACGAGAUUAAUCUGGAUAAAGCCGUUCCGAGGAAAAAACUAUUAUCCAGGAUCAGCAAGUUCGUGAAAAAGUUCACUGCUUUUUCUAGUCUCGUCUCCCAAUUUCAGGCUCGCAGCAAUGGAUUCUUUACGACUCCCUUCUCUCAAUGCUCUUACAGUUACACAUUCCAGCUUUCAAAAAGAACAGAGCGCUCAAUUUUCGGGAAAGUUGAAUUACUUCAACUCUUCAAUGUCCCCUUCUCUGAAACUCGGCCCCCUUCUUAGAACUCACCGUUUUCGUAGGAGGGUUAUCCAAAUGCAAGCUGAAGAUGAAGACUAUGAUUUGAAGCAAAUGAGAGACAUGGCUGCUGCAAAGAGGAGAUGGGACGCUAUGAUUAGGGAAGGAAAAAUAAAUAUUCUUACACCAAGGGAAGCAGGUUAUGCAAUUCAACUCAAUAACAGAACCCUACUGGAUGUUCGACCCUCUGUUGAGAGGAAAAAGGCAUGGGUAAAAGGCUCAACUUGGAUUCCAAUUUUUGAAGUUGAUGAUAGAUUUGAGAUGGGAACUAUUUCAAGAAAAGUCACAAAUUUUAUGAUGGGUGGCUGGUGGAGUGGUGUGCCUACAUUGUCCUAUGAUAACCAGUUCAUACCAAAGGUUGAGGAGAAGUGUCCAAAAGAUGCGGACCUGAUAGUUGCAUGCCAGAGAGGAUUGAGAUCUCUAGCUGCUUGUGAAUUGCUGUACAAUGCUGGUUACAGAAACCUUUUCUGGGUUCAAGGAGGUCUUGAGACUUCUGAAGAAGAGGAUCUUGUCAUAGAAGGUCCUCAGCCUCUUAAGUUUGCUGGAAUUGGUGGGGUUUCCGAAUUCCUUGGUUGGACAGAUCAACAAAGAGUUGCAGCUGCAAAAGAAGGUUGGGGUUAUCGAUUAUUAUUCUCUGCGCGUCUGGUUGGAGUCUUUCUCGUUGCUGAUGCCUUGUUUCUUGGUGCUCAGCAAGUAAGCCGCUAUAUUCAGGAUAUAAGGUCACACUGAUUUGAUCUUGAAGAUACUUGAGCAAUGAACUUAAGAGAACAUUGUAAUUAAAUAACAGUAGCAUUAUCCACAGAUUCCAAUGGAAUCAGAAUUUUUUGAACCAAAAUUAUAGAGCACAAAGCUGUGCACGUUUAGAAAAA